UGUGAUAAGUCUAACACAUAAACAAAUGUAUCUCCGAUAACCAAAUGUCGAGCUCUCAAAAGUAAGAAUUGUAAAACUUAAAACAACGGUACUUUAAAUUUAAAAAACUAUGCAGUCACAAUUUAUUUUGUACUCUGUAUAGUGAAAUUUUUAAAAUGCACUAGUGUUUAAAGGACUGAAAAGUAAUAUUUAAAAUAAUUCAUCUCUACUGAAACAGCAGUUGCACUCUAAUCACUCUUAUUAUAGACUUAUGACUUAUAACUUAUAGCACUAUGACUAUCAUAGCUGCCCUAGCUGCAGACUAGCAGGGACUGUGGUGACUGAGUGAGUGAGAAAUACCCAGGGCCGGGCACAGAGACUGAACUAAAAUACUAAAUCAUCUCAUUAAGUCAUUAAGUGAAUCCUACUAUUUUUACUAACACGUCUUAAAUCACUAACCUAAAAAAUAUUUAUAAAAAAUGAACUAUUUCCUUUACAUGUAUAAAACUAUAUAGUAGGAAAUUGAAUGAACUCAUACAAUCUUUAUAAAUCAAACUGAAAUCUCAACAUUUAUGCAAACGCACUAUCCUGAUUUGCAUAAUUCAUGCGCAUAAUUUUUUGCUAAACUUAGAAUAAACAUGGGUUACUUUUAUCAAUUGUGUGAAAUUUUUUAUGGAUGAAGCCUAAAUAAGUCCUAACACUUGUGUUUUGGGAAAAUAGGCCCAUGGAAGCAUUUCAGACACCUCUGGCAUGUGGCAUGGUUAUACUCUUUUUCCUGUCCCAGGCUAUUUUUCAGCUGCUACAGAAACUCACUGUUACAGGCCCCCAUUUAGGACCUAGGGAUCUUCUCUUAAGCUGGGUGUUACUGAGAAAGUUGUCUGCAUACCUAUUGAACUCUCUCCUACACAUCUGAGUGAUAUUUAAUGUAAAAAAAUAACAUAUGGUAAAGUACUUAAAUGGGGUGCUCAUGCCUUGAGGCAUAUUUAUAGGACCUAUACUGUCAGAGGGUUGUCUCUAUCCAGUUGAGGACCCCUAAUACUAAACCAAGGGUUCACAACAUUAUCAUCAACAUCAUCAUUUUGAUCGUCUUCAUUUCUUUCCGGGUUGUUUUCAUCAGUGUCAGAUUCACUGCUACAAUAUCAAAAUCACUAAAGAUAGUUUGUUCAGUGUCAAUGUCAGACAUUUUGGAAUUUUAGGAUAUUACUAGCUAUACAAAAAAAAUUCCUGAACAUAACAAAAGCUAGUAAACAAUAAACCGGGGCCGCCAUUAAAAUGCAACAAUAUACAGGAAGCAAUCUGAUUAGCUAGUACGAAGACCAACUAACCAAUCUUGAGGCUUGAAUUAUCGGGCCGAUAGAUCGGACAUCCAUCAUUUUCGCUACUCCACCUUGGGCCUUGGCCCAUACGUUCCAAGAGGGUUAAUAAGUAACUGAUCACUAUCACUGUGAUUGUCAUUGUUUGUGGUCUACUUAGUUAUUCGCAUUGGGUCUCAGGCUAAGAUAAGAAGUUAGUCGCUCAGGCUAGGAAAGUGCACAACAUAUUCAACAAUGACACCCACAACCAGCUUAACAUCAUAAUCUAAUUAUCAAUUACAUUAGAUUAAAGUUACAUGGCAAUAUGCAUGGUUAUCCUGUGUAAGCUUGUUUUUUGUAAGGUUUGUAAUUGUACAUGUUUUACUGCCGCCCUCUAACCCAAAACUUUACCUUCUCACAGGAGAAACUCCCCAUGUCUCAAGUUAUGUCAACAUUUUAACCACUGAAAGAGGGUUGAGGAUGGGGUGGCACUUUAUUAGGGGGAGGGCCAGCAAAAUCUUGCCAGCUCAGGUGACAUUAACCCAAGCUGUGCCACUGAUUUGAACACAUUUUAGCUGACUCUAUUUUGAGUCUUGCAAGCUUUGUAAGGCAAGGGUUGUCAUUAAUUUGUAUGAUAAGCACUACCUUAAAUCUUCCUGUUGUUUUAGUGGUGCUUUCUGGGCUUUGAUGGACAAAUAGAAGUAAUUAAUGAGUAGUAGAAAAAUUUUUUGUGCUUUGGCUCAAAUUAUCGAUGGAAUGUCUCAUUUUCAUCCAUGAACAUUAUCAAAUUUAAAAAAAACAGAUUGUCAAUGACAAGCUCAACAUGAGCAAGAGCAACAUCAUUCAGCUUUACAGCUAACAUACCGUCAUGUCAAAUUUUAAAAUUUUAAGUUUUAUUUUUUUAAGGUGAAAGUUAAGUUAAAAUUAUGCAUUCGUAUUUCUAUUUUUAUUAAUACUUGAUUUACUUGGCUAUUGAUAAUUCUUUAUUAUAAUAAUAAUAAUUAGUGGUCUUUUAUAGCGCGGUACCCCAGCCUAGGGCUGGGCUCACUGCGCUGUACAUAAAAAUAUUAUCAAAAGAGACAAAGUCAUGACAUUAAAAUCAAAUACAAUUAUGAAAUAAAGAACAGCAUGAACCCCAGGACUUUUACAAGGCAAACCAUGGACGGCAGCCAACAAGAUCAUUUAUCGGUCAGAGGAGGGGAAUCAGUCAGGGUAGUAUAGUUUAAAGAGAUGUGUUUUGAGUGCAGUUUUGAAGGCCUGGGUGGUUGGUAUAUUGCGGAUGUAUAGUGGCAAAGAAUUCCAUUGUUUGGGGGCGCAGAAAGAGAAAGAUCGUUCACCAUAUGUUUUAGUGUGUGUGUGAUUUGGGAAUGGACAGAAUACGCGUGUCUGCGGAGGAGUGAAGCUGUCGAAGGGGUGAAUAGACAGAAAGAAGUUCGGUUAGAUAGGAAGGGCAGGAAUCCGAGAAAAAGUUGUGACAGAGAACAGAUAACUUGUAGUCAAUGCGUGCCUGUAUAGGGAGCCAAUGAAGGAAGUGGAGUAGUGAAGUGAUGUGAUCACGUUUUUUUCACCUUUAGAACUAGCCUAGCAGCUGAGUUUUGGACUUUCUGCAGUUUUUCUAUGCAAUGUUUUGGUGAACCUGACAGAUGAGAGUUGCAAUAGUCAAGAAGAGAGAGAACAAGAGCACCGACGAGAGUUUUUGUAGCGCUAACUGUAAGGUAUUAGCGGAUGGAACUGAUCUUACGGAUUAUCGGUGUAUGCCGAACGACAAAUGUGAGAGAUAUUAUUAUUUUUGAAAUUGCAACAAGCUUCCUGUGCCCACAGAGCCAUCGGUCAGUUCAAAUUUAUACUUAUACAAAUGUUGAAUAGCAAUUUUUUGCACAGACUUUACCCCCUCCAUUUGAGUGGGAGAAAAAUUGUAAUAAAUAUAGUUUAUUGUCUCUUUUUAUAUGGAGAAUGCAAUUAUAAAUAUAAAAAGGAUCAAGCAAAUGUGAUAAUAUAAUAAAAUCCUCACAAUUGUUUAGCAUUAGAUAAAACGAUAGGCGCUAGGCUAAAAUGACCUACCAUAUAUAACAAGACAAGACGUGAUUCUGUGCUAGCUCCCCAGCCACUGCAAGACUAACACCAACUAGUUGGGUGCAUUUUACAUUGACAAGAAGCAGUGAUACCAGAACAAAACUUUCUGACUUAACAAGAAACACGCUUUUAAUUAAAUACUUUCACUCUACUCACAUUUCCAUCUUCUGAAGCGUAAUUUUUAUUGACACACAUGGCACUUUCAUUUGGUUGUUUGAGUCUUCCUCAUCCUGACUUCAAUUUUUUUUAAAUGAUCUUCUAAUUUUUAGUAGGCUUAAACUCAUGUUUGAAAGAGUGUCUUUUUUAGAAAUAAGGUUUAAAAUAUUUUUUAUUAAAAAAAUUAUUUUUUUUGAGCCCUCAUUAGCAUAGGUCUUUCAUUUUUACCCUAUUCAGGGUAAAUUUUUACCCUAUUCAGGGUAAUUCACCUCGAUUUACUGACCCCUGUCCUAAAGAAAUAUUAAAAUUUAGUUAGUUUAAUCAUAUGCAUACAUCAAAUAAAAUAGUUCACAUUGCUUUCAAUGGAAAUAAGUUAAAGAUCGCAAUGUUUUUUUGUUGUUUUUUAAAUAAUGUGUCUUGGUAUUGAAAUAAAGCUCUUUCUUAGACCAUGGUAAAUGGUUGGCAUGAUAUUAAUUUUUUUUAAAAAGGCUCCUUAGCUAGCCUUGUUCAUUUUGUACACUCAGAAAGGCUGAACAAACCGUGACAAGUCAACACAUGUUCCAAUGAACUGUUUUCAUUUAAUUUAAAAUCUAAUUAAACAUUUUACAAGGAACUCAAAAGUUGCUUUUACCACAGACUUGAUGUAUAGCAUGUGUAAUAUUGAAAGCUAUGUUUAAUGUGAAUAAAUAAAAAGGAUAUAGCAAUACAACAUGCUAAUCUGAAUUUUUGUUGGUAAAUUUCAAUGAGUUCUCUACAUCUUCACUCUCGUGUGAUUGGUGUAUAUUGUGAUGUCAUUGUAACAAGGGUGCUAAAUGGUUAAACAAGAAUCUUCCCUGAAAACGCCUACUAUUUGCUUAAUCUGACAGGAAUAAUUUAGUAAGCUUUUAUUUAACUGUCAAGUAAAUCUACAAACCGGUAUUAGAUUAUUAUAAAAACAAGUUCUUAAAAGCCAAAUAUUUUAUAUCUGCACAAUAAAUAAUACAUACAUUAUCUCAACAGUGUCAAAGCCACAGACUGUAAUUUAUAACCCAUAAUUCUUGGCUUUUGCCAGUGUUGUGGGUAAGUAUCACUGAACUAAUGAAAGAUUAAGAUUUGUACACUUAAAAAUUUAAUCCAUGAUAUAAAAAUAAAAGGAACUGUUAUUUUCUUUUAAAUAUUUUCAAUAUCAUAAUUAACAUACAAUUUUUCAAAUUGAUUUUUCUUUUUUAAAUAUUACUAAUAAACACCAAAGUUUUCUCAUUUAAUUCUGGGUUAUGCAGAUCUCUGUUGAAACCCUUUAAAAUGUACAUCAUCAAACCCAACGCCAGUGCACAUCAUCACAUCCUUGCUUUAAUAAAUUUAAGACAUUUGGAAUGUUAAAUUUCAGUUUGAUUAAAUCAUAAGGCUUUUCAUGUGUUUUGAUAAUACAUGUCAGCCAAUAAAUCAUUUUUGAAGAUUUGUGAUAAUCUAAUCCAAAUCAUUUUGUCAACUAAAAAAAAAUGGCAUCAGGGAGUAGAUCCUUUAAAUUUCAAGGAACUUGCAAUCAUGUAUUUAUUUACUAUUUGUCACUACCAUUUUGUUUUACUACCACUCAAUGACCUAAUUUUUAAAAUGCCUACCAUCAUUUCCAACUGCUCGUUGACUAUAAUAUAAAUUGAUGAGUCUUUUUUUUUUUUUUUAUUAUUCAGAAAGAUGAUUGAGUCUCGGGUAUUUCAUAUCCAAACCCAGGCCAACACAGCUUUCAAUGUGAUGCAAGAGUUGCGGAUCAACCAGCAACUUUGUGAUAUUGUGCUUUGUGUGGGAGAGGCAAAGUUUUCAGCCCACCGGGUAAGUUGAAAUCUGUUCAUACACAAAGCACAGGUGCAUUUUAUUUUAACCCUCUUGAGACGGAGCCUUUUAAACUGUCUGUGCCAUGAAGACUAAGCCCUGCAUUUAUUUGGCAGAAAAAUGUUUAAAAAAUAAACUAAUUAAUAAUACAGUAGAACCCGGUUAUGUUGACGGCCUCUGGGUUUGCCAAAAAGCGUUGAGAUAACCGAAAACCAAUAUGGCGCCAAUAUAUUAACAUGUGCUUAAAAUUUCUUUAUGUACAUAAUGGGGGUUAAUAAAUGCAGGCACUUCAGUAAACAAAGUAAUAAAUAAUUUUUUAAAUCUUACAGUUAUUGAGAGCAAAUUUCAAAUUUAAAAAAUGAAACCAGAAUCAACUUUUUAACGUUAGCACUUUUUGUGCUACUAUAGUGCUUGUUAGUUUGGUAUUUUCUACUAUAGACGAAGCCUCCACAUUUUGUGACCUCAUUCUGCUGAUUGAGUCUUGCGCAAUGACUAUAUAGUUUAUAUAAGGCAAUUUUAAAAAACUUGUUUAUUUGUUGUUUGCUAUUUCUUCUUGCGGAGUUCAAAAGCCAGCAAUUGGUCUAGGGAUCGAGAUAAUUGAGGUUAAUUGGCAAAUUUGGCCGACUUUUGUGCUCGAGAUAUCAGGGUUCCGAUACAUAAAAGAAUUGACAUAACCGAGGAGAAAACGCUAAGAACAAAGGUUCCACUUCAAAGCGUCGACAACAGGGUUGGCGAGUUAACCGAGGUCAAGAUAAGUGGGUUCGACUGUAAUAAAUUGAGUACUUUUAUAGCGCUUGUGUCCAUGCUAUUUUAGCAUGCUAAAAUCUAUUUAAAGCAAAGAUUGAGGCAAACUGUUCCACUAUUUAGGCACAAUAGCUUUAAAAGAGCGCACCCCGUAUGACUUCUUUCUGUGUCCAUCCACACUGGUAACUCUUUUAGGGAAUUGAAUGAACUAAGAUGAUCUUAAUGAAUUAAACUGAAAUCUCAACAUUUAUGCAGAUUUGAUAUCCUGAUUUGUAAAAUUUAUUAAUGUAAUUUUUUUUUACACUUAGAGAUUCAAUGUGAAAAGCUGCUUAAAAUAUUCCACUAUGGGUGCUUGUCCCUUUUUGCAUAUUUUAAGAUCACACACUUUUAAAGCAAUUAUAAGGGUAACUAGGCAAAAAAAAUAAUUGCAAUAAAAUGACAGAACACCGUAAAAUAUGGAUGGAAGCCGCCAUUAAAAUGGCAAGAUGAGCAAGAAAUGCGAGAAGCAUUCUGAUUAACUGGUACAGAGACCAGCCAGCCAAUCUUGAGGCUUGUAUUAAUGGGCCAACGCAUUGACCAUUUGACCCUGGGCAGAUAGGUUAAGGGGGUUAAAUGAUGAUGUUUUUAAAAAAUAUAUACAUUUCUUAGUGUGUCAUUGGAUUUCUAUUUAAAUGUAAGUUUAUGGGCUACUGCAAACCAUAGUCAUUUGUAAUUCUCAAUUCAAAUCUUCAAAAUUAAUAAAAUGUAUUUCUUAUCAUAUUAUGAAACCAAAUACUAGAAAAUUAUUUUAAAAAUAUUAUUGAUCUACCUUAUACUCUAAGUAAUGUACCUAAAUUGUGACAAUUAAAACUUUUCUUGUGCUAAAACCUGAAUGUGAUCUUUCAUAAUUUGCUUUGCUGUGCAAACAAAUUUCAAGCAACAAUGUGUUUAAUCUAAUACAUUUCCCCAGGUGGUUUUAGCUGGUUGCAGCCCAUAUCUCCGUGCAAUGUUUACUAAUGGGAUGCUCGAGUCAGAACGGGAAUUUGUGGAGCUACAUGGCAUAGAGGCAUCUACCAUGGGUCUUCUGUUAGACUUUAUGUAUACAUGUUGCAUGGAGGUGACUGUGGACAAUGUGCAAGCAGUGCUUCAAGGUGCAAGCAUGCUAGGACUUCAUGCACUGCGCACAAUGUGUGCACAUUUUCUUCAGAAUCAACUAACAGCUUCAAAUUGUUUAGGUAAAUCAAAAAUGAUGUUAUUUUCGUUAAAAUUAUUCUUUAAAUUAAUACAGUGAAAAUAUCAAAAAUCUUUUUAAGGUUAAUAUUUUAAUAAUUUCAGGAGCUGGUGCAAGUUUCUUAAAAAUUUUCAGGAUGGAAAACAUUGAUAAAAAUAUCACAUGGAAUAUUCAAUAAUACUCAAAAUUAUUUACACCAAAUAUUCAUUACUUUAAAUUUUAAAAAAUAUAACUCCAAUUUCUUCCCCAACAGGUAUUCACUACUUUGCUGAUGUGUAUUCAUGUACAGAGUUAGAAGCUGUGGCAAGGCAGUUUAUCUAUCAAAAUUUUCUUGAUGUUAUUAGAAUGGAGGAGUUCUUUGAGCUUCCAGAAGAUAGGUUAAUAAAUCUCCUCAAGUCUGACAAACUUCAGGUGGGUUCUAACAAUACGUUAGGUUUAGCAGCGGAAGAUAAACAUUUUAAAUAAACAACCCUUAAAAUAUGGUUUUUCGUAUAAAUCCUUUAUAUGCAUUUUUGUUUGAAUGUAUGUAAUUGUACAUGAUUUAUCAUUUUUUGGUAUGUGAUUGUUUUUUUUUUAAACUUAAAGCAUGUAAAACCUAAUAGACUAAAUAUAUAUUAUUUAAACCCAAAAUAAGUUACAAAUACAAAGCACAUAGCAACAGCUACUAGAUCAUUCUCCACACCAAAACACGGAACCAUUGAACAAACCAUAUUUCAUUCAUCUUCCCCUUGAAAAACAGGAAGAACUGAUUUGGGGGGUGGGUGCGCUGACUUUGAUAGAAUGUGUUGUCUUCGGCAUUGAGUCUCUUUGCCAAGUUUCAGUUCGCUAGGAUGAUAGGAAAUGGGUCAAUUAGCCGUCUGAAGAUUUUGUCUCAAGCACACACAAAUAAAGCGAAGUUAAUAUAAAGGAUUUAAAAAACAAACAAAAAUAUUUAUAUGGUUAGUUGGUGCUGGUUGAUUUUGAUGCAUGGGCAAUAUUACACAACUGCAUACAAUGUAGCCUCUUGGUCUGUUCCAAGUGGACUUAAGUCUUUGCAUGUUUUUUUUUAUCUUCAGUUAAUAAGAAUCUAAGCAAAUAUCAAGUUUUUUGCCUUUAGUUCUCAUUUGAUGACGCAAUUUAAAAAAUAUUAAUUUUUGUUUUUUUUCUUAAGCGGCAAAACAGUUAAAAACUUCUUAUUCUGUUAAGACAGUGAAAAUUCCCUUUAUUUUUUUUCAGGUAAUGAGUGAGAACCAAGUUUUUGAAGCAGCAUGUUCCUGGCUCCAGUAUGACCCAGGGAAGCGUCUGGACAGAGCUUGUGUCAUCCUUCAAAACAUUCGCCUUGUCCUGCUGGAGCGCCCUUUCUUAGAAAAUGUUGUGCUCAAGUCUGAGUAUUUCCGAACAUGUCCCAAAUGCCAGUUGCUCAUUAGUAAAGCCAUCCGUAUGAAACAAGAGUGCAGUGAAGUGGAGAGUGUGACCCCCCGAGCCCAGCCGCCAUGUAUUUAUGUCAUGGGGGGUCGCAACAGCACAGACAGUCAGUUGAAAAGCACAGAAAGAUAUGAUUUUUUAUUAGAUCAGUGGAUACACAUGGUCAGUGGAAGUGAUAAGAAUUCUUUAGAGACAUUGUGUGUUAACAUUCCAGAUAGAAGACAUAUUUAUCCUUUAUUAAAUAAUCUAUUUGAGAGAUUUUGUUGCUUUUGUGCUAAAAUAAUUCUACAUAUUAGUGAGUACUACAACUCAGUUUUCUUAUAACAUAUGGUUUCGUUUCCUGGUUGCUAUCCAAUAAAAUUAGUUUAACAAAACAUCAUUGAAUUAAAAACUAGUAAAAAGUCAUUGGUUAUUAUUAUAAAGGUCUUCCUAUUAAUUCAGCUUUUAUUUUGUUCUCAGCCGCCUAUGAACAUAGCCAGGACAGCUGUAGGUUCUGCCAGCCUUGAUGGUGUCUUAUAUGCUGUGGGCGGGGAAUGUGCGCUGGCAGACACACAAGACGACACACUUUAUCUUCAUUGUGUCGAGAUGUACGACCCAGUCAGAAAACGCUGGGAGCACAAACCCAACAUGAAGCUCGCCCGUUCAUUUGUAGCAGUAGCAGCUGUGGGGGGACAUUUGUAUGCUAUAGGUAAUUAUCCAUCAAUAAAAUAAGACAAAUAAAACUGUUAAUGAAAGACAAGAUUUAAGAGUUCUGUGAAACACCAAAGGAGCAGUCAUUUAUAAAUGAGCAUUAAUGUUACCUAUCUCCUGUCUUUUUACAAUGGCACUUAAUGUAUCAAUGCUCAAUUCUUAAGUACAUACACACUUUUAUACUUGUAAACGUUCUUUAGGGGCUAUUUGUAUUUAUUCACCAUGGUUAAAAUUGUAUUCACUCCUUAUGUAAUAGGUAAUUUCUUUUUAAAUCAACAAACGAAUAAUAAUUCAGACAGCGAGCUCUCUACUGUUGAUUUAAUUAACGUAGCCCGAGUGCGUCACAACACUUUUUAUACAUUAGAUAAAAUUUAACUAGAAGCACUGUCCUAAACCCAAUUUUUGGUGAUUGGCUUACAUGUAUUGUGUACCGCUAUGGCAGCGUCAUUGUUUAUCUAUGUUCCAGGUGGUGAGGAUAGGGCUGGCAGCUACAACAUUGUGGAACGAUAUGAUCCGAAAACAGAGACAUGGUCAUUUGUAAACUGUAUGAAACGGAGGAGAGCUGGGGCUGGUGUGACAGUCUGUGAUGGAAAAAUAUAUGUGGCAGGUAGGACCUACUGACAGGUGCAGAAAUUAGUUGAAAAUAAAAUUAACAGAUAAUGCAGAUAGUAAUGGAAAAAUAUGUGUGGUCUUAUCUUAAGCCCUUUUCUAAUAAAAAAAAAUAUAUAUAUAUUGGCAUUCAGAUAUACAAUCGCACAACCUGACAUUGUAAAUUUUAAAAUUAUAUAUCAAAUCAAACAUUUAUAAAUACAUGUGUACAUAAUCAUUUUCCUUUCAAAUAUAAGGUUUUUAAUUUAAUUUAAUAUUAUAUUUUUGGUUAAACUAUGGGUUUUUUUUGUUUCCUAUAAUGUUACUCUUUGUAAAAUAUGUCUUAAAAUUGUAUAAAUUAAAUAAUAAAACAGGCUACCAAAGUAAAAUGUUUUAUUACAUUAAGCGCUUUAUGCAUAAAAUUUAAAACACACCAUGUAAAUUUUUGUCUUCACAGUAGAUAUUAAUUAUUAUAAAUAUUACAAAAAGUUAGACUGAAUAUUCUAUAAUUUUUGCAGGUGGAUAUGACAAAGGUCCACACAUGGACAGGGCGAGCAUGGAGGUGUAUGACCCUGACACUGGUGACUGGUCAUUUGCACCAGAAAUGGAGAAAGCCUGUUCAGGGCUGUCUAUGGUCACGCUGGAUCAUUUCAUUUAUGCCUUUGGUGGACGGUAUAGGCAUAUAGACCAGUACUUUGAUCUUGUUGAGAGGUGAGAUUUUAUUUUUGAACUCAUCAGCCCGAAUCAUUUUGAAGCCUUAGUAGAUCACAGGUGUACUUUUGAAGUAAAAGAUUUAACUGUUUUAAAUAAUAUAAAUUGUUAUACAUAACAUGCAGCUAGAUAACAAGAGAAUUAGGUGUAUUUAUUGGUUGUUAAGGUUAUAAUGUAUUUUACCAUAAAUAAGAAAUAAUAUUUUAUAAUUAUAAAAAAUAUUUAAAUAUUUGCUCCCAUUACUAUAAUAAUAUAUUAUUUAUUAUUUAAUAGAGUGUCACUGUUUUUAAAAUCUACUUUUUUUUUUUUUUUUUUUUAAUUUAAAAAAUUUGUUUACAUUAUUUUAACCAUUUACAAAAUGCCUGUGUAAAGAUUUCUUAUGUCCGCUCAGGUACAACACAGUAUCAAGACAGUGGACAACCAUAACGCCUAUGACAACACCUAGAGCCUGGUUUGGCAUUGCAGUAUUUGACAACAGAAUAUAUGUAUGUGGUGGCUUUGAUGGAAAUUCUCGAUUACGCCACUGUGAAAUGUAUGACCCAGAACUUGACACAUGGAGUGUGAUAAGUGGCAUGAAGAUUGGACGUGCGGGGUGCGGUGCCACUGUUGUCUAGCAAAGUUUGCUGUCUCUAAUACCUAGGUCCUAGCUAUGGGGCAACAUUUGGCUGUGUAUGUGAUAAAAAAAUAUUUUUUGUGCAUAUGGCUCUCUUGGUUACUGUAUGAAGUUUACUGAUUUAUAAAACUCGUGAGGCAAUGGCUUCUUGUGGCACAUAAUGUUUACAGUGUGUGAAGUGAGGAUAAAUCUCUACUUGCUUGUGAUUAGGCUCAAUCUAUGCUUAUAUGUAUGUAAUAAGGCUAUUAAUGUCUGUAUGAGUAAAAGUUAAAUCAGUUUGUGAAUGUGGAAAGUAUAACAGCCCUUUAUGUCUGUAGUGAAUUGAAAUUAUGUUUUGCCAAAGUAGAUGAAAUUUUUAAUUAAAUAGUAAACUAAAUUUUAGUAAAUUCAAAAAUUAAAGUUGAGAGAUCAAACAUAUCUGCAUGAAUGUUUUUAAUAUGUUGCAAACGUUGAUGUCUCUCAACAAAUCUUUUUGAAAAUGUCUCACAAAUAUAAUUUAUGAGUUCACACAAAGGGAGCAAAUGUAGCCAUACUGUUCUAGUUGGCCAAAGUUCAUAGGAGAUAUUGGCAGUAAUCACCUAGGUUAAUUAAAAUUGGAGUCACUCCAUAGAUAUUAACUCAUUCCUUUUUUAAUGCACAAAAUCAUCAAAUUCAUUAUUGAAACAGUGAUUUCUUUACAUGUGAUUUGCCGUGACCUACCUGUCUUGAAUUCUUGAAUUGUUUCCUCCAUGUGAGCUUACCAUAAGUUCCCAGCAGAUCUCACUGAAUUUUAUUUUUGAAUUAACAGUGAUUGUGUUAUAUGCAUUAUCAAUGCUAAGGUUAUUAAAAAUUAUUGUCUAAGUCAACUUCUAUGAACUAUUUACAUAAAAAGGAAUUAUAUAUAUGCAUUCACCCAAUUUCUCAUUGUUUACUAUUUUUUCCAGGAGGCCACACAUGAGUCUGCUAUUUUUUAACUCCAGGAGUUUAUAUUAGUAUUGAAUUCACAGUAGAUUUUAUUUAUUUAUUUUUUUUACAUAUAUUGUGGAAAUCUCACAUUUUUAAAUCAGAGCUAAAUGACCCCUCUAGCACUAAUAAUAUUUUUUUUCUGCUUUGGCAACGCUUUUUUAAAAUUUAUUUUUGUAACAGUCAGGCUGAUUAGGGUUAAUAUUGAUUUUUUAAAAUUUUGAUUAAUCCACAAUGUCCAGACAGUAUUUAUGUUCCAGCCUUUGUUCACUAUUGUGUGCAAGGGAUGAAGAUGGUCGAUUUUAAUGUUUGUCUGGGAUGCAAAAUUCUAUUUAUGUAACAUGAGAUCUUGCUGCCUUGGUGUGUCAUAUUCUUGAGAUAUUAUUUAGUUACAUUUUGAUGGAUAUAUUUUGGUUGCAUUUUCCUGGGAGUCCAGCUCAGGUUAAAGCAAUUUUUUGUCUAGUUUUAUCCAAGUUUUAUGUAGCUUCAAAUUCUGUCGACCACAUACAUUGUAUUUGUGUUGUUAAAAAAAUAACUUGCAGGUAGGUUCAUAUUGUUGUUUUUCUUUUUCUACAGCCUUUGUUAUUCUUAUUUGUUGUUGCCAAGUUUGAUUAAAGUUCAUUUUAUAAUUAAUAAGUGGUUCUGAUAUUCUUUUGGCUUCAGUAUUAAUAUUACCAUAUACAUCUUUCUUAGCUUCUCUGACUUUGACCUCUCUCGACUUAUGUGUUUAACACAUUUUUUUGUUGCUUUGCAUGAUUGGUAACAAUUUAAUUAUAACUCAUAAAUAUUGUGGUCAAAUUUGAUUUUAAUUUUCAAAGAAUAUGACAGGAUUCCGUAAAUUCCCAUAGAAAAACAAAUUUUUUUUUCAAACUUUUUAACUGCUGAUUACUUUGUUCUUGCAGGUUUUUUUUUAAAUUUUGCUGAACUACCCUAAAACUAAACAAGAAUAUAUUAUUUGCAAUACUUAACGUUUAAGUGUUAUGAUUUUAUUCAAAAUAUCAUGUUAUUUUCUUUUAUGACAUAAUUUUUAAUUUCUGCACGUUAACAAUUCAGUUAUUUUGUGUUAGCUUAGAAUUGUGAUGCUUCUUAUCAAAUAAUUUUCUUUAUUGUAUUGGCAUUUAGGAAAUUAAAAUGAUUUUUUUACAUGAAAUGAGGGAGGGGAUGAAGCUCACAUGACAUUUCUGUGUUCAAAUAAUAAGUUGUGGAAUAUUAUUUCUUUUAGAAAAGUAUGUAGUAUUUAAUUUUAAUUGCAAAUGUUUGAAUGAGGCUCACAGGGUUAUAGACACAAUAACAUACCCAGAUGUAAACAAUGUGCAUACAAUAAAAUAGCACAGUUUCAGCAUUGAUGUUGAAUGUGUGACUUACCUGGUAUAUGUUGUUAUAGAGGGUUUUUUUAAGAUUUUAUUUUCCUAUAAACUAUAACUCAGCUGCUGCAAUGUUGGCAAAAUAAAACGUUCCCUGUAUUUUUAAUUUCAUCCAUGCUACAAAGCAAUGUUUUUGAGGAAAGACUUAUUUAUAAAUUAGAAAAUGAACACAAGAAUCUCUCCCUGUGGUUGCAGUGUAAGCUUAAAUCAUUAUUGUGCUGUUUCCCCAAUAGGUUUUUUUCUUGAUAGGUUUUAUGACAUGAUAUUUGACUCCCGAGUAGUUAUGCUGGUUAGCCCAUAAAGGAUGACUCAUAGUUUCUCUGGGGAACCAAACUGGAGCUGACUGUUGCCUUCAAUUUCCGUCAAUUUUGGUUGUCUAUAAAAGUCUAUUUAAAUUUCUUCUCUGUAAUUGAUUGUGAACACUUUAAAGUUUUGGUUGAAAAUAUACAUUGAUGAUUAGCAUAACACCUGUGUUCCCUUUAAUUUUUUGGCCAAGAUGGUUUUGUUUUUUCAUUCUCUUUCUAUAAAAUUAAAAAGUAGAUACUAUUUUAUUCUCUAAGAAGUAUUACCAAAUACAAAAAAAAAUAUGUGAACGAAUGCAGGGCCAUAAUAAUGUUUGUUUUAUUUAUUUAUUUAUUUAUAAAUAUUUCCAAAGGUG